CGAAUACGUGGUGCACAGUGUCGUAUGUGGGCCUUUUCGGUAUGGGCGUCCGUCGUCGCGCGUGGGUCCGCGGACGGCUCUGUCACUGGGAUGGGCAGUGCCAUGGCACAGGUCGUUAGUCGAGGGAGCGUGGAAAUCCAGAGCCGUCAUCCCAUCGGCUUGGGCCCGUCAUUGCAGGGUUGCUCUUGGAUCUCGAGGGAACGAGGGCGACGUCGAGGACGGCCGGCGGCGUGGCAGGAUGGAGGAGAACGGCUUGGAGUUUGUGCUCGAUCUGGUGGUCAGGAUCCCAACUCGGGAAGAGUUCGCUGAUAACCUUGAGCACCCGGAUCCGGUGCCGCUGAGGCUGCUGCCCAGGGGGGGAGGCUGGCGCUCUUGGCCCGUAUGAUUCAAAUGGUGAAUUUGGUUGCGCCCUGAGGCGCGGCGGAAAAGAGCCGCGUUGCCAACAAAGUCAGCUCAAUCUAUCGGAAAGGUUAAUCGGGAGGCACCUGGAUGAUGGACGAAAAGAAAUGGUUCAAGCACUUCCAUCCACUGCUGGCGGUGGCAUCCGGACAGGACUUGAUGGAUGAGCUCACUCCUGGGGGUGAGUUAACACUGAAUUUGUGUGCAUUCAACGGAUGCCCAGUGAGAAAGAGAAGAAAAUGUACCACGGAUGGCUUGACAGAUGGAGAGAGAUUUUUUAUCCUGUUUUUGUGGAUGAGCUUUGUAAGGAAGACGACGAAAUAGACUGGGAUUAAACCAUUCAUGUUCCCUGUGAUGUUCAUGGAUUGCUGGUCCUUGUACAUUCUCGACACUGAGAAGAAGAUUGCAAUGGUUCUUGAUCCAACAGAGACAGAUCCAUUAGAUGAGAUGAAGAGGAAGCAUGAGGCGCUGGCGAGGAAGUUCCAGCGUAGGUUUUACAACCUUUUUAAUGACAAGUUUGGAGCAGGCUUGGUCGAGACGACUGGAUGGUCAUUUGUGUACCCGUUGGUUGCGCAACACGAGCCAUGCACCAGGGAAGACGGUGUGGUGUAUGUCGUGCACUACAUACUGGAGUUCACUGGCCUUUACCUGAGAUCGAAUAUGAACCAGGAGCAGAUCGAGCACCUCCGCAAGAAGAUUGCAUGUGAGAUAGUGACGAUGAAGGGGAAUAAGGGAUGCAUCCCAGAGUUCCUGUACGAGGAGAUCCUCGACUAAAGUGAUGAAGUAUUCGUUCACUCUACGUGCAGCCCGGCAAGAUCUUUUGGUUGAAUUGUCCCGAUUUAGUUGCUGGGGCAUUUUGCAGCACAAACACCUGCCACCUUGUAGAUGAAAAACUAUGGACAUGUACUGCAUUUUUAGAUGGAUUCUUAAGCAGUUUAAGUAAAUGUAAGCGCUGAUAUGAUAUGUGGAUGUAUGUUCAUCUCUCAGAAUGUGCAAUGCUAUUGGUACUAGUGGUUAUUUGAUCC